AUGGCAAUAGAAUCAGAAUCUGAAAAUUCUGAAACCGCCACAUCGAGUGUGACAAUUUUGAAAUGUUUGCAAAAAAAAGGAAUUCAUUACAAGCACAUUAUAGGUAAGGGAACAUUUUCAUCGGUCAGAUGUGCAUGGCAUGAUAUCAUGAAAAAAUAUGUCGCACUUAAAAUUAUCGAUACGAGCUCGAAUUCUGAUUUUAUAGUACGUUUUCUACCCCGCGAAAAAAUUAUUAUCCAGCAACUUAAUCAUGCAAAUGUUAUAAAAAAUUUUGAAAUUGUAAAUGAGGAACCAUUUGUAUGCUUCGUUCAAGAAUAUGCUAUGCACGGUGAUCUUUUGCAAAAGAUCAAGAAAAAUGAUCGAAUUGAGGAAGAGGAGAGUCGAUUCUAUUUUCGACAACUUAUUGAAGCACUUACGUAUCUGAAAUCAAUCAAUAUAGCGCAUCGUGAUAUAAAAUGUGAAAAUGUAUUGCUGGACAGUUGUGAUAAUGUUAAACUUGGCGAUUUUGGCUUUGCUCGAUUUAUGAAAGCUGACGAAAUGUCACAUACAUUUUGUGGAUCUCGAGCAUAUGUUGCACCUGAAUUACUGCGAUCAUAUCCAUAUAACGGUUUCCUGGCAGAUAUUUGGAGUACAGGUGUAUUAUUGUAUGUCAUGGUAACUGGAUUUAUGCCAUACGAUGAUCGAAAUAUCAAUAAAAUGCUCGAAAAACAAUUACAACAUCGGAUAACAUUUCCACGUCGUCGCUCGUUGAGCGCUGAAGUGAAAGAACUCAUUUAUGCAAUGGUACAUCCGGAACCACUGAGACGACGACCGUAUCAUGAAGUUAUCAGAUCUUCAUGGCUUGCCGAUACGAAAUAUGAACUUCGUUCCGAACCAUUUCCACAGAAGUCCGAUAAUGGCUAA